AUGACAGCCCUGCUAACAGCCAUUAUUUCCUCUCGGUAACAAACACUUCCCCCUUUUUUACGUGUUUUUUUUUUUCGUUUUUUUUUUUCCUUUAUUGAUAAAAAAGCUGAAAUGAAAGAGGAAGACGUGCAGCUCAGGGUCAAGGCUGGAAAUGGAACCAGAGACCACUUCAGUCUCUGUAUGUGUGGUGCUUAGACCGCCGGGCCGUCAGAACCAUCAGAACCAUCAUUUAAACACCAAUGUAAGGAAACGACAAAGUGAAGCAAACCCAGGCUUUUAUUUUGAAAAUCUGACGCUCAGAGUCUCCAGGUGAGAGGACAGGAUAUGGAGGGCUGCGGUUUACCCCCCCCUCAGAAACCACCCAGGGAUCUGGACCCAGAAUUCCUGCCUGUCCUCAGAGAAUAGGAGACACAGGAGUUGAACCAGGACUCCCUACGCUGGUCUUUCCCACCCAUCUCCAUUCUCUCCAGCAGACCCCAACCCCCACCCUACACCCCCAUCUCCACUGUGGUCCCCGGGUCCUCGGAGAGCUGGCCCUGCCUCUGUGGCCAUUCAUGUCAUUGUCAGCAGAGCAUCUCCCUGCUCCUCCUGGGACUGUGGGGGGCCGUGGAGACGGGCCCUCGCUGGGUGGGAACAGUAAUUAAAGAGAAGAAGAAGAAAAAAACACACAGAGGAACAAAAGGACUGAGAGAUGAGGAGGGGGGCUGGAGGUCCGAGGAUCAUCAGGGAAAAUUCCCAGGAGGAGGACAGGGAGAGAGGAGACAUCUAUGAUGAGGAUCUAUGAUGUACAGUGAGAGAGGAGACAUCUAUGAUGAUCCAACAGCUCUAGACUUCAACCACUGCUGAAGAGCUGCAGGACUACAGGACCACAGAUCUACAGCUCUGCAGAACUACAGGACCACAGAUCUACAGCUCUGCAGGACUACAGGACCACAGAUCUACAGGACCACAGGACUACAGCUCUGCAGGACUACAGCUCUGCAGGACUACAGGACCACAGAACUACAGGACCACAGAACUACAGCCCUGCAGGACUACAGGACCACAGAACUACAGGACCACAGAACUACAGCCCUGCAGGACUACAGGACCACAGAUCUACAGCUCUGCAGGACUACAGGACCACAGAUCUACAGCCCUGCAGGACUACAGGACCACAGAUCUACAGCUCUGCAGGACUACAGGACCACAGAUCUACAGCUCUGCAGGACUACAGGACCACAGAUCUACAGCUCUGCAGGACUACAGAACUACAGCUCUGCAGGACUACAGGACCACAGAUCUACAGGACCACAGAACUACAGCCCUGCAGGACUACAGGACCACAGAUCUACAGCUCUGAAGGACUACAGGACUACAGCCCUGCAGGACUACAGGACCACAGAACUACAGGACCACAGAACUACAGCUCUGCAGGACUACAGGACCACAGAUCUACAGCCCUGCAGGACUACAGGACCACAGAACUACAGCCCUGCAGGACUACAGGACCACAGAUCUACAGCUCUGCAGGACUACAGGACCGCAGGACUACAGCCCUGCAGGACUACAGGACUACAGGACCACAGAUCUACAGCCCUGCAGGACUACAGGACCACAGAACCACAGCUCUGCAGUUCCUCUGCCGGGAUCGUCCCUGUCCCCUCUCUGAUCAGGGAGCGUUGGUUUUAUGGACCGGGCUCACCGCUGGUGUCUGACAUUAGAGAAGACAGGGUGGGGUCCAGGUCCCCCGGCCCCCCCAGGUCUGACACGGUUCCAGAUCUAAUGCUGACGGUUCCCUGAGGCGCCAAGAAGGAAAACCGACCCACAACGAGACCUGGAGCCGUUUUUACCGCUGAGAUCUGAGAGUGACGCUGCGAAAAGAGACACACACACACACACACACACACACACUCACACACACACACACACACACACUCACACACACACACACACACACACACACCGCCAUGUUUAUGCUAAUGAACACACACACACACACACACACGCACGCACACACACACACACACGCACACACACACACACACACACACACAGAGGUAAACAGAGAUCAGGACGACACGCAGAGCAGCGAAGUUCUGGGAGGUUCCCAGGAAGCGCCGACUUCAGGGAGGUAAAAGGUCGCUGUAUCUCGGACAAUGACGCCAGCUCAGCGUCUAUUGACGGGGAGGGGCCAGGGGCAUUGUGGGAAGGGCACGGCGUGGCUCUCACUGCCAGUCAUGGUUGUGUUGUAUUUGCAUGAGCUGCCAAUCACCUCAGAGAGGAAUGCACAGAGGUCAGCGGGGUCAUGAGGGGGGAGGGAGGGGGAGAGGGGGAGAGGGGGGAGGGCAUAACAAGUGUGUGUGUGUGUGUGUGUGUGUGUGUGUGUGUGUGUGUGUGUGUGUGUGUGUGUGUGUUCUCCAUCUUCAAACAGAACCGGGUCCACAAUAACCGGGCCGCCCUCAGACCGUCCUCCUCUGUCCUCAGACUCUUCGUCCUCACGGCGACUCAAACUCCUCUUCAGCUGUUUGUGAGACAGUCACGGCGAGGCCAACAGCUCGCCAUACCCCCCGCUCUGACCACGAGCUCCUCUCUCUGCGAAAUGGAGGAAGGAAGAAAGUAAAUUGUUUGUGCCGUGGGCCCUGACAGGAGGUGGCGGCGGCGGUGGCGGCCUGGUAUUAGCUAAGGAUAAAGUAAUGGGAUUUGUAGUGGUGAGGCGGCGGCGGUGAAUGUGGCGAGGUGCUGUUGAUGGGUGAUAGGGGUGAAUCAGCGCCUUUAAGGCUGAUAAGUAUCUGAGGGAGAGAGGAAACAGAGAUAAAUGUUGUUUCCGGUUAACGCCGUGUGUGUCCAUGUUCCUCAUGUUUGCGGAUUUUUUCCCAUCAGUCAUUUCAUCUCAAACUCUUAAAGCGUGCUCAGACGGCGGCGCCGAACACUUCCUCUUUUUGAGGUGAACUAUCCCUUUAAUCGAUCGGUUCUGCUCAACAGUUCCUGUGGUUUUUAUCAGGAACUCUUCCUGACGGACUCGGCUCUGAUCCCAACAGCUGAUGUUGUUUUUGCAGAUUAAUCCGACCAAUCAGGAUUCAGGAUUCAGGACCAGGGUCUCUGAGCUAGUUUCAGGUCUUCAGACGGGGACCGUUGGAAAAGAACUCAGGGUCCGUUCGUUACAUUUGUGCCGAUCCGACCAGAAUCAGUUUCCUCGUAUUGGACACCUUUGUUUGUUUGUUUGUUUGUUUGUUUGUUUGUUUGUCUGUUUGUUUUUUUGUUUGUUUGUUUGUGGAUAUUGAUCAGACUCUGACUCUGUCCUCAUCACAGGAGUCGACACGUGUGUAUCUAUGUGUGUCUGUGUGUGUCUGUGUGUGUCUGUGUGUGUCUGUGUGUGUGGGUUCAUUUUUCAGUUUUUUCUUUUGUAAACUUUUUUCAUUUUUUUAGUUUCUUUCAUUUUUUAUUUAUUUUUUUAAUUAUAUUUUUUUAGUUUUUUCAGUUUCUUCAUUUUUUUCAUUUUAACUUUUUUUUGUUUUUAUAGUUUCUUCAGUUUCUUUAAUUCAUUUUUUUCUUUUUUCGAUUUUUUUUCAGUGUUUUUAUUUUUUUCAGUUUCUUCUUCAGUUUCAGCCUCAGAACUUUAAAACAAUAAUGUUUUUUAUUUUAAAUUCAUUUGUUUUUCUGUUUUCCUUUAUCAAUAUUUAUAUUUUUAAGAGAAUAAAAAUCUGAAUUUAAUUGAUAUCAGAGUUUCUUCACGGAUCCUUCAGUUAUAAAAUGUUUCAUAUCAAUGUCUUUAUUUUUAUCCGUCAAUUGCAGGUAUCUUUCCCUCCUCUUUCUCCUCCUUUUCCUCCUCCUCCUCCUCUC